CUUGAUGUUCUCCUAUUGACGUGUCGUAUUCGGAAAAAGACACAGGGCUGUUUUUCAUGCUACUUCGCUGUCUAACCACCAGUUAUUACCAACAGAUAGAACAAUGUCAGAGCCCAGCAAGCAGGACAUUUCCACUAUUUUUAAGCGACUUCGCGCCAUCCCUACGAAUAAGAUUUGCUUUGACUGCUCAGCUAAAAACCCCAGUUGGGCCAGCAUCACAUACGGUGUAUUCCUGUGUAUAGAUUGCUCUGGGACACACAGGUCUCUUGGGGUGCAUCUGACCUUUAUCAGGUCCACUGAGCUGGAUUUCAAUUGGUCUUGGUUUCAGCUAAGAUGUAUGCAAGUGGGAGGCAAUGCCAGUGCGAUGUCAUUUUUCAGUCAACAUGGGUGCACGACCAGUGCUGCCAAUACCAAAUACAACAGCCGAGCUGCUCAGCUGUACAGGGAGAAGAUAAAGACUUCAGCCACACAAGCCACCAGAUCCCAUGGCACUGAGUUGUGGCUUGACAGUCAGGCUCCUCUCUCCCCAACAUCACCGGACGACAAGCAAGUGGAUUUCUUCAGUCUUCAUAUACAGGCUCUUCCUGAAAAUGUGAACACGGCCAACACGGUUCAAAUGUGUCUCAGCUCCUCCACAUCAGAGAAGCCUUUAACCAGGGGAAAAGAGGAAGACGGUAAUCUAGAUGAGGGCCCUAGUGUGGAGAUGCUGACUGUUUCUACAGAAUCAAAUCUAGAGCAUUCCUCUCUCCUUAAGAAGAAGCCAACUGCCGCCAAGAAAACCUUGGCCUCUAAGAAAGGCGGUCUGGGCGCUCAGAAGGUUAGCAGCAAGAGUUUCUCAGAUCUGGAGAAGAAGGCUCAAGAUGCCGACAAGCUCAGAGAGAAAGAAGAGAGCACUGGUGCUUCCAAGAAGAGCAACCAACCUGAGGAAUUCAUCUCUCCAUCCCUGCGACUGACCUGUAAAGAUUUUGAGCAGCAGAGGAAAAUGGAGAAGACGUUGAAGGGAUUAAAGGGGAAUAAGAAAGAGCAAGCUGAGAGACUGGGCAUGGGUUUGGGCAUGAGGAGUGGAGUGUCUCACUCUGUGACAUCGGACAUGCACAUGAUCCAGCAGGAGAGUCCACUGGGGACCAAGACCACCAAGGCACGACGGUUCACUGAGGACAACGAUGAUGAAGGGUCCUUCAGCUCUAGGAUCUUGUCCCGGUUUGAGGAUCAAACAGAAACGUCAGAUAGUUUCUCCUCGCUGUGGGAUGAUAGAGGUGAAGGAGGCUGGCUCAAGGAGAGCAAGAAACCAGAGCCGGACUUCUACUUGACCUCCUCUAUAUCAUCGCUGAAUGACCGGCCCACCUCCAGAAGAAAACCAGAAGCAGUGCCAGUGUCGGACACAGGAGAAGCUCAGAAAAAGUUUGGAGGCGACGUGAAAGCCAUCUCUUCUGACAUGUACUUUGGAAAACAAGAUAACUCUGAGUAUGAGGCCAAAACACGACUGGAAAGAUAUUCUGGGAGUGCCUCUAUAAGUUCAGCAGACCUCUUUGAUGAUCCAAAGAAACAGACUGUGAGUUCCUACCGUCUGACCAACGUGCUGCCCAGUGCUCCUGACAUGUCUCAGCUCAAACUGGGAGUGCGCUCAGUGGCAGGAAAACUCUCCGUCAUGGCCAGCGGCGUAGUUAGCUCAAUUCAGGACCACUACAGCUCCUGAGUCAUGGUGUGUGGCUUCUGUUAGAUUCAGCACCCUCAUAGUUGUCCCAAUGAGUGGUGCUCACUCAUCCUUGGAGCAAAAGAGUUUAUUUUAGUUUUUUUAGUUAUUGCUUAUUUUGCUUUGGGGUCUUGGGGUUUAAAUAUAUAUAUAUGUAGCAGAGGGUUUGUGGUGUUUUGAAGGAUGGAUUUGCGUUCUGAUUUCUUUAGUUGAUGACGUAAAAAAAAAAAGAAAAAAACCUAAGGAGUGGAGAGUACUCAGUUGUAAGUUUUUAAUUGGUUAACCUACUCUCACUCAUCAUGUGCACUCUGUAUUGUGCUUUUUUUGCACAUUCCCACAGGUUUGAAAGUGUCCUUUCCGUCCCCAAAGUGCACUUAUUUUUGCUCUUUCAAAGACGGGACCAAAACCUGAUAACGAGGCCUUGGGGGACCAGAUAUAUAUUUUUUAAUCACACAUACUAUCAGUUAUGUAGCCUUGUUAACACAUUAGCUACAUUAUCUUGUGAAUAGUUAUGUUUUUCUUUGUUUUUGCAGGCCAUGCAUCUGUUAUUAUAAAAGGACAAGAUGGCAUGAAAUCUAUGCAGCUAUUAAAAAUUGAGUUUGAAGGAUAUGCUCAUUCACUUUCUUGCCAGGAGUACGGUGAGAAGAUUGAUACCACUCUCUUAUCUGACGGUUUAAUACAAAGCUGUAGCCAGGAGCCGGUUUAGCGUAGCUUAGCAUAACGACUGGAAACAGGAGCAAACCGUUAGCCUGGCUCUGUCUGUAGGCAAGAGUCUGCUUACCAACCAGCGUGAUAAAACGUUUGUAACCUUUGGAUAGAGCCGGUUAGCUGCUUCCAGUCUUUAUGCUCAGUUUACUGGUUAGAGCUUUAGCAAUCUAGCUGAUAGCAUUAGAAUAACCCUGCUUGAUGUAGGUCAAUUGCACUGUUUUUUUUUCUCUUUUCUGUUGCUUGGAAUCAGACACUUUAAGAUGUUGUAAUUGAUAAUAUGGUCAACAUUGUAAGCAGUAGAUUAUUAUUUUGAGGGGUUCCUUUUGAUGAUGUUUUGGAUUUAAUUUGUAGCUGUUUUUGUACGUCCGCUGUGAUGUUCUACAUUGCCCCCUUUGGUAUUACAUUUAAUAGCCCACACUUGGCUGGUACUCUCUAAACCAAUAAACACAAUAGCCCACACUUGAAGGCUAGAAUUAUCUGAUGCAGACCUCUUUGUAGCUUUCAGGCCCCAUUGUACAGCAACACAUGUCCACUUAAAAUAUGACUGAAAACAAUCCCUUUUUAAAGGCCUCAUUUUGUUGUUGCUGUAACAUACUGCAAAAGUCAUAAUAAAUAAAUCGCACUACAAUGUGGUGCUAUAAUGUGAUUUUGGAUUUGGCAUUUAAAAGCAAUAGAAAAAUAUUGAUAUCUGUUCACGGCUCUGGGGUGGAAUAACUACGGCUUGUGCUUUAGCAUUAAGAUACAUUUUGCCAUGAUGCUUAAAAUCUAAUUGUGCAGAGUUAACAGACUGGAGUUUUUUAAGCCCUGAUUUGGGAACUGGAUGAUUAUAUUACUGAGCAAUUUCUCUACUGUAAAUGCUUCUCAGGAGUUUAAGUUGUUAAAUAAGAAACACUAAAAGUGAAAGUUGUAGAUCCUUCAAUGACCAAAUAUUUGUUUACUCCAUCACUCUAUGCCUUAGUCCAAAGAUCUCUGAUUAACGCGCCCUCAUAUUGCAUUAUUGUACUGGCUAUCUUUUUGCACAUUAUUUUGUUAGAAAUUGCAUGUGGCAGCUUUUGCUGCCACAUGCAAUAUUGUUUGUGUCUUCUGCUGUUAAAUAUUGUUAAAUGUUACCUAAAAGAAUAGUAGCUUGUGUAAUUCGCAUGGCCCUUGUAGUUAAUAGGACACGCUGACAAAUCCUGAAUACAAGAUAGCAUACUGCUGUUGGGACCCAUUAAAUAAUAAUGGAAUAACAGAAUUGAUCAAUAAAAGCUAUAUUAUAGAACUGCUACAUACAAUGUUGUAUAGGGCUUGAAUUACCAUUUAUAGAAAGCUACUGAUAAUCAAGUUUUGAAAUAUUUUGACACUCAAAAUGGAAGUAAGGUUUUUGGAAACAUGCCAAAUAAAUGGCUUGUGCCGAAGCUC